CAGGUAACCUUUGACCUGAUGGCGCCAUGGAGAAUGAACGUCCCACACAGCAGGCUUUGGUAAAAUGUGUUGUGGUAGGCGAUAACGCUGUUGGAAAGACUCGUUUGAUUGUUGCAAGAGCGUGCAGUGUGAAAGUAACAAAAUCACAGUUAACAGCUACUCAUAUACCAACAGUAUGGGCAAUAGACCAAUAUAGGCUAUAUCCUGAGAUUCAAGAAAGAGCACGUGUUACUGUGGAUGGAGUAGAGGUGUCAUUACGACUUUGGGAUACCUUUGGUGAUCACCAUAAGGACAGGAGAUUUGCAUAUGGAAGAUGUGAUGUUGUGCUUGUUUGUUUCUCUAUUGCAAAACCACCUACACUACGACAUAUCAAGACUGUGUGGUUGCCAGAGAUUAGGCGUUUCUGCCCCCGCACACCAAUUAUUAUGUGUGGAUGUCAGAAUGAUUUGAGAUGUGCUAAUUUGGAUGAAAUCAAUGCAACCAGAGGAUUAUUCACAAA